UAGAAACAACAUAUUUUUUCAUACUCCCUGUUCUUCCAUGUGUUCCAGAAGAUGCAGAUGUCCCAUAAGCCUGUGCACUGGCUCACUGUCAUGCUCCUUGUCAUCUUUACAACUGGCCGGUGUCAACAGAACGAGAGCCGCAGAGCUGUGACUGAGCACCAGCUGAUGCACGACCGUGGCCGAAACAUCCAGAGUCUCAAGAGACUCAUCUGGCUGUCCAGUGCCAUUGAGGGUCUCCACACUGCCCAGACUCGCUCUGCUGCUUUCAGCCCCACAAAGAUUCUGAACCUGGCUCUGAAUCCAGCUCUACUUCCUGCUGCUGGGAGCCCCCAGCCCGCCCGUAUGCAGAGCCUCCUGAGAGACUUCUUUAAUCCCUACCUGACUCAAAUACCAGACAGGGAGUCCUAACAUUGCACUUUUUCCCUGGCAAAAAGCUACUCUAAACAUUUUUGUUCAUCAACAAUAAAACAUCAAAAGCACAACCACAAAGAUUUCCGUUGUGCCAAGAAACCCACUCAGCUGCAGAUCCAAAUGUCUUCAAGAGUUUAAAAGCAGAUUUAAAUUUUAUCAUUAAAGAAAUAUUUGAAAUUGAACUUCUUGAGGUAGUUUAUCAGUGGGGAGAACCACAGAAACUUGGCAAUACAAAUAAAACAAUUUUCAAGCACGGGGAUGAUCACAAAUGUAAUCACUUUUUCCCUAAAUAAAAUAAAAUACAGCAACACAAAAACACGACUGAAGCAUAUUUUUGGUGAAAAGCACAGCGAGAACGACAAAAGACCUGCAACACUCUUCAGUACCAGAUGAUUCAACCAAGCUUAGCAAUAACUCACAACAGCUCACCGAUUCGCCUGCUCCGUUUGCGUUUCUGUACAUCAGCCUGACACCUGUAGGCGACUGCAGAGCUAGUGUUAGCUACCCGGACAACACGUCUGAGGCACGGUGAGAGCCUUGUCAGCGAAGAAGACAAACACAAAAGCCAUUUUCAGCAGUUCAUCUUUUGCUCAGCUUGGAACUCACAAGAAUUCCCACCAGCAACCAAUACAUUGUAAAUGAAGAAAUCAUAAUUUUAGCACUGUGUUAUCUCACUAACAGACUAGGAACAAUAAGAUCGCUUUCACGCAGACAUUUCUGUGUAACGAACAUCAGAGCAGUGAUCUUUCAUCAUUUUCAGGGCUGAAAACCAGGUUUGGUAAACAGAAGGCUAAAGUGACCAUAACUUUUGGGACAGUGACCAUAACCCUACUCUUUCAGUGGCAAAGCAUAGCUUUUGCUGGGCUUAGGAUG